AUGAAUCCUUACGAAGCUUAUGGCUCUCCCACUGCUGAGCGACCAGCACCCCGACAUCGUGACGAUGCUGACCGUGGUGAUCGCGGUGAUCGUGGCGACACAUACAGACGGCGCUCUCCUCCUCCGGAUCGGAGACGGGGCCGAGAACGAUCCAGAUCACCUGCAGGCAUAGAUCGGUAUCAGCCAGGUCGUGACCGACAAGUCCGCGAGCGCGAGCCCAACGAUGACCGACGACAGGCACCACGCGAGAGAGACGAUCGUCGACGAGCUCCCUCACCAACAGCUGCGAACAUUGAUCGAUAUGUGCCGGGCCAGGAACCAGACAAGCCACAGAUCCGUGCCAAUAUGCUCACAAAUCCUCUCGCUAUGGAUACGCAGGUCGGCUUCAGCUUCUUCCGCGAUUGGUGGAGAACGGAGCAGGAGAUCAAGCAAGACAAAGAGCGUCAGAGGACCGGCGGUCGUCCAGAUCGUGUCAAAGGCGAACGGGAGGCCAAAGAGGAUCGAGACAAGGAGCACGCCAAAAUCCAAGAAGCAUAUGACCAGUACAAGCAAGACUUCCAGGUUAAGAUGGCACGUGCGUUCGUCAACCAGCAUAAAGGCGAGGAGUGGUUCAAGGAGCGGUACAUCCCAGAAGUCAGAGAUGCUUUCCGCAAACGUUUGAUGGACUUCCGCACUGAAGCCUUCGAGCAAUGGCAGAAGGAUAUCGAAGCCGGUGUCUUCGACGAGUUCACUUUGGAAGGCAUCUACAAGAACGACAGUGAUGGUGCUGGCGGUAUGGUCGAGAAAGAAGAGGGCGAAGCGGUCGGUGGCAACGAAGUACUUGGUGUGCUCGACCUUGUUCCUGCCAAAGGCGGAGACCUUCGCGAUGAAGCUGCACAACAGCCUGCUCUUCUCAUCAAGACUCUUGCGCCGAACGUUAGCCGCGAGAGCAUCGAAGCUUUCUGCAAGGAGCAACUGGGCCAGGAUGCUGGCGGCUACAAGUGGCUUUCGCUCAGCGAUCCCAACCCAUCCAAGAAAUUCCAUCGCAUCGGUUGGAUCAUGCUUCAUCCAGGAGGCGAGGAAGAUCCCGAUGCCAUGGAGGUUAAUGACCGCGGCGAUGGGAGAGGUGAAGAAGGUGAGGAAGAGGAGAAGAAGCCAGAAUUGGCAAAGGCUGCCCCAACACAGCGCGCCAUGGAGCUUGUGGACUCAAAGACCAUCACAGAUCCCAUACGCGGCGACUUCGUCUGCCAUGUGGGAGUGCACAGCACCGUUCCAGUACCUCGCAAGAAGGCUCUUUGGGACCUGUUUUCUGCUCCUGAGCGUGUAGAGCGCGAUUACGAGCUGGCCCGACGACUGGUCUUCAAGUUCGACACGGAGUCGGGCAAAGAUGACAUGACUGGCGGCUUGGCCAAGAUUGACGCUCGUGUGGAGCAGAUGCGCAGCCAAGGUCUCAUUGUUCCUCCACCAAAAGCCAAGAAGUCCAAUUUCGAGGACAACGACGAUGAGAUCAAAUUCGAAGAAGAAGGUGAGGAAGGCGAAGAGGUGGAAGAUGACGACGACGAGGAGUUACUGGUGGUCAAGAAGAAGCUCGAUAUGCUCAUCGAGUAUCUUCGUCGGGUUCACAACUUCUGCCUCUACUGCGUAUUCGAAUCGGACUCGGUACACGAGCUCAUCCGGAAAUGUCCAGGUGGUCAUCUGCGUCGCCCAAGAGCAGGCUUGACAUCCGCUGCAAAGGCCGCUGCUCGCGCAAGUGCUGCCGGUGAUCCCUUCCCAGGCAAGAAAGAGUCUCGACAGAACGGCAAUGACGAUGGCUCGGAUUCGCCUGUACAGGAGAAGCGACAGAAAUUCAACCGGAGUGAGCAGCAACUGCUUCGUGCAUUCAAUUGGGUCAAGACCUACGAAGAAAAGGUCUUGCAGCUACUUGAACCCGAAUAUACCGAUCUGAAGAAGAUUGGUGGCAAACCCGUCGACGAGGCUGUUGAUGAAGAGCUUUCAAAAUACGUCAAGCAGGAGGACGAGGCCAAGUAUCGUUGCAAAGUGCCCGAAUGUCAGAAGCUGUUCAAAGCAGAACAUUUCUGGAAGAAGCAUGUUGAGAAGAGGCAUGAGGACUGGUACAAGGCACUCAAGAAUGAUCUGGACCUCGUCAACACAUACGUCCUGGAUCCCUCACACAUUGCGCCUUCACGAUCUGAUGCCAACUCAAAUGGUCACUUCCCUCUGCCGGCCAACCAUCAUCUGAACAGCGGCACACCGAGAGGUUUCAGCCUGCAGAACAUGAACAUGUUCAACUCUAAUGCUAUGGCCAACAUGUCGAACAUGGCGAAUCAGUUCAUGCAGAAUAUGACUGGCUUCGAGGCAAAUGGUCACUCCGGUGGUCCUGUUCGGCGUGGUGGUGGACGUUUCGGCAACCGCUCCGGUCCUUACGACCGCGCUCCGCGCAAUCAAGGUCGCGGAUACAACAACAUGGGUGGCUUGGGUGGUGGCGGCGGUGGCGGCAAAUGGGGUGACGGCAUGGGCAACGGUGUUAAUGCCAUCGGCCCUCGCGAAGCCAUCCAGGGAAGAACGAUCAAGAGCUACGAGGAUCUCGACGCUCAACCCUCUGGUCAAUCGAACGGCGCUGGAAGGCCUAUGGGCGGAUCCGGAACCACACAUCCCCUCCAACCUCACCUUUCCCUCCAAGACAAGCACAACAUCAUACUGGCGCGCAAACCACACGCCCUUGAAAGCCACCGCUCAACUCCCGACUUGCCAUCCCACACCGAUGUCCUCAUCAUCGGCGCCGGCAUGACCGGCGUCUCGGUCGCUUAUAGCAUUCUGAACCCGGAUCCGCUACCUAUCCCUCCGAUUAUGAAUGGCACAUCUUCCGCAUCGCCCAAAGCCGACAGCGCAUUCCCAAGCAUCCCAGACCCCAAACCAAACCCGAGCAUCCUCCUCCUCGAAGCACGCACCCUCUGCUCUGGCGCCACCGGCCGCAACGGCGGACAUCUCAAACUCGCCUUCUCGCAUCUCCUGCACCUGCACGCCACCGUCUCCGCUGCUGCGGCCAUCGAGCUGGGUGCUUACCAGUUGGCGCAGCUGGACGCGAUGAAGGCGCUGAGUGAUAUGGAGGGUUUGGGUGCUGAGGCACAGUUUUUGGUUACGAGGAGCUGGGAUGUGAUUCUGGAUAGUGCGGGAUGGCACGCUGGGAGGGAGAGGGAGACGGGUUUGUGGGUGCUGAAUCAGAUCCAAGUGUUGAGUGUGAAGGAGUGGAGUAUGGACGGUAUCGAACGCAUCACGGGUGUCAAGGGCGUUGACGGAGGAGCGUUCGGCGUGCCUGCUGCGUCCUUGUGGCCGUAUAAAUUUGUUUGCGGGCUGACUGAGCGACUUCUCGAGCAAGGCGUGGACUUGCAGACCAAUACUCUGGUUCAGAAGGUCAGCGAGACUCGUGGCUCCGAUGGAUACUUCACCCUCGAGACGAAUCGGGGCGUGGUCAGAGCCCGGAAAGUCGUCUUCGCGACCAACGCGUAUACCGCUGGCAUACUGCCGAGCUACGAGGACGUCAUCAUGCCCUGCAAGGGCACCGCUUGCCACGCCUUGCGCGAGCACAGCAGCAGUCCGACGCAGACCCGCACCGUGACAUACAACAUCCACGAACCCAGCGGGGAAGUCAACUACCUCAACAUGCGCCCGGAUGACUCAGUCGUGUUCGGCGGCGCGUACGAGGUGUUUCGCUUGGAUACGUCGUGCUGUGUGGCGACUGUGGAUGAUGGGACGCUGGUGUAUGAGAAAGAGGUCCGUGAAUAUUUUGAGAAUUUGUUGAAGGUGAAGUAUAGGGACUGGGCGGAGUCUGGGGUUAGGAUUGAUCAUCUGUGGACGGGGAUUAUGGGUAGCACGCCAGAUAAUUACCCAUAUGUAGGUCCGCUCGAGGGAGAGGGCAGGUACAUCUGCGCCGGCUUCAACGGGGCCGGAAUGUUGCAUAUUCUGCUGUCGGCGAGAGGGCUAGCGAGCAUGGUGAGAGACGACAAGGUCAGGAUUGAGGAGACGGAGGUGCCGAGUAUGUUUCGGGUAGGAAAGCAGAGGCUGAUGAAUUUCCCGCCAGGUAGAUGGGCAAAGCCGAAAGCAAGGCGGUGA